AUGGCUGUGAACUAUAUAGAGAAAUUGAUGUUUGUGCUUAUCAGCUCCAUCUCGGUUCUUAACGCGGCCUCGACACGGGAAUUUUAUAUCACAGCGACAACACCUUCUGAAUCGCGCGAAAACGUCGAGCGACAACAGAUUAAUUGGCCGAAAGUCAAUGUAUUACAGACAUCUGAGGCAUCAGACGUAACCGAUUCAUUGAUUCAGCCGUCCAAACUUUACGGGGAAAAAUCGUUCCCGAGUCCCGAAGGUCUUGACACAUUGCGGUUGUCGGCGCCUGCAAGGACAAGACGGUCGAGCUCCUCAGACUUUCCCGCAAGGACACCAAUUAAUGGACUUGGCCCCCAUAUUGGAAUUGAAAGUCCAUCUAGUAAGCAUCAUAAUUUCAUUCCUCCCGAAGUGACGGAUCUUACUAUCACGGUCGUGACGAGCACCAGCAUUGCGCUGUCGUGGUCGACGCCCGACACGGAGUGCAACGUCACAGGCUACAACGUCAGCUACUACGGCAAGGUCCUGUGGGGGGAAGGCAACUGGGUGAAUGGAUCCUGCUCAGUUAACAGCUCGGAAGAAUCUUAUGUUAUUACCAAUCUCAUCCCGUAUACAGAAUACACGAUCACAGUCGUGGCCUCGACUGCUGAGGGGCCCGGGAGACCUUCUGUAGCGCUGAAUGGAAUUUUGGGCGACUACCUGAUAACUUGGGAUGAUGGAUCAGGAGAUAAUCAACUAGCUGAAGUCAACACCACAAGCUUCCUCAUUAAAAACCUCAUCCCUUGCGUCCUAUAUAACAUUACCGUCAAGGCUCAAACAGGAGCAGGCUAUGGAGAAAAGAGCUACAUCGACGCUACGACUAAUUCAGAUGUUCCUCCGGAGGUUACGGAUCUCAAUAGCACGAAUGUGGCGAGCACCAGCAUUGCGCUGUCGUGGUCGACGCCCGACACGAAGUGUGACAUCACAGGCUACAACGUCACCUACUACGGCAAAAUCCUGUGGAGGGACGGCAGUUGGGUGAAUGGAUCGAGAUCUGUAAACGGGAGCCAAGAAUAUGUCGAGAUUGACGGUCUCACUCCGUACACGCAAUACACGAUAACGGUCGUGGCCUCGACUGUAGAGGGGCCUGGAAUGCCUUCAGAGCAUCUGACCAUUACUACUGCCGAAGCAUAUCCUUCUGAAGUUCGUAACCUGAUGGCAAACUCUACGAGUCCAACAGAGAUAUUUGUAUCGUGGGAGGUCCCUAAGGAAGAGAAUGGAAUUUUGGGCGACUACCUGAUAACUUGGGAUGAUGGAUCAGGAGAUAAUCAAUCAGCUGAAGUCAACACCACAAGCUUCCUCAUUGAAGGCCUCAUCCCUUGCGUCCUUUAUAACAUUACCGUCAAGGCUCAAACAGGAGCAGGCUAUGGGGAGGAGAGCUACAUCGACGCUACGCCUGAUUCAGAUGUUCCUCCUGAGGUUACGGAUCUUAUUGACACGAAUGUGACGAGCACCAGCAUUGCGCUGUCGUGGUCGACGCCCGACACGGAGUGCGACAUCACAGGCUACAACGUCAGCUACUACGGCAAGCUCCUGUGGGGGAACGGCAGUUGGGUGAAUGGAUCCUGCUCAGUUAACAGCUCGGAAGAAUCUUAUGUUAUUACCGAUCUCAUCCCGUAUACAGAAUACACGAUCACGGUCGUGGCCUCGACUGCAGAGGGGCCCGGGAGACCCUCUGAACCUCUGGUGACUCGCACUCUGGAAGCUCAGCCUUCUGAAAUUCGAAACCUGAUGGCAAACUCUACGAGUCCAACAGAGAUAUUUGUAUCGUGGAAGGUCCCUGGAGAAGAGAAUGGAAUUUUGGGCGACUACCUGAUAACUUGGGAUGAUGGAUCAGGAGAUAAUCAACUAGCUGAAGUCAACACCACAAGCUUCCUCAUUGAUGAGCUCGUCCCUUGCGUCCUAUAUAACAUUACCGUCAAGGCUCAAACAGGAGCAGGCUAUGGGGAGGGGAGCUACACCCAUGCGAUGACGGGAUCUGAAGUUCAUCCAGAAGUUACCGAUCUCUGGUGCCCGUCCGUAUCGAGCACCAGAAUUUUGCUGUCGUGGUCGAGGCCCAACACCGCCUGCGUCAUCACGAACUACAGCGUCAGCUACUACGGCGAGAUCUUGUGGGGGAACCACAGUUGGGUGAAUGGAUCGGUCCCUGUAAACGGUGACAAGGAAUAUGUCGUGAUUGACGGUCUCACGCCAUACACGCAAUACACGAUCACGGUCGUGGCAUGGUCAAAAGAAAGGCCUGGAAGUUACUCUGAACAGCUGAGGUGUCGCACAUAUCAAGCGUCUCCUUCUGAGCCCGGUAUCAAGCCGUACCAAGCACGUCACAAGACGCUGGAAAUAUUUUGGUCUGAGCCGGAAAUUCUGAACGGAAUCUUGUUAUGGUACCACAUCAUACUAAGCCAAGACGAUACCAUUGUGGCGAGGGAAAAAGCUUCGUCAACGCAAGACCAAUGCGUAUUUGAUGACCUGCGAUACGAGACAUCUUACAACGUUACGGUCGAGGCUUGGACUGGAGGCGGGAUGAACAGCAGCAGCGUGGUUGCUACGACGGCUUCAUCCGCAGCUCCAGUUACCUUUGCUUUAUGCUAUCCCAUUUUCUGCACUGCUCUUGUAUUGAGUAUUAUUUUGCAUAAUACAUAA